AUGGCCUCCCUCCUCCCCUCACCAUCAUUUCCCCCAUUGCUCCCUCUCAUUUCCCCCCUUCUCCCUCUCAUUUCAGCCCCUUCUCCCUCACAUUACCCCCCCGUCUCCCCCUCAUUUGCCCACCUUCUCCCCCCCAUUCCUCCCCCUUCUCCCUCUCAUUGCCCCCUCUUUUCCUUCUCAAAUUCUCCCCUUCUCGCUCUCAAAUCCCCCUUACAUCCCUUUCCCCUCUACUCCCUAUCAUAUCCCCGCUUCUCCCCCUCAUUUCCUACCUCGCUCCAUCUCAAUUCCCUCGUUGCGCACUCUCAGCCCCCCCCCAUUAUUGCCCUCGUUUACUCCCCUUCUCCCUCUUAUUUACCCCUCUGCUCCCCUCUUUUCGCCCCCUACCUCUUCUCACAUCCCACACUUCACCCACUCAUUUUCGCCCCUUCUCCACCACACGUCCCCCCCUUCUCUCUCUCAUUUCCCUUCCUGCUCCUUUCACUACCCCCCCAUAUCCCCCCCAUUUCCCUCCGUCUUCCCCUUCGUUUCUCCCCCUUCUCCCUCUCAUUAUCCCCUUUUCACUCUCUCAAGUUCCCCCCUCUAGUCUCUCAGAUCCCCCUUUUCUCCCUCCCCUCCCGCCCCCACCCUCUUCUCCCUAUCAUUUCCCCGCUACCCUCCCUCAUUUCCUCCCUCGCUCCAUCUCAAUACCCCCGUUGCUCCCUCUCAGCUGCCCCCCUUCUCCCUCUCAGCUGCCCCCCUUCUCCCUCUCAUUUCCCUCUCAAAAUACCCCCUUAA